UAUAGGGCUCAAGGAGUUGCAUUUGAAGGCUGGGCACUACGUAUCAUUUCCUGCAAUAAGGAAUUUGGAUUUUCCGUUCCUCUUUUAUAUAAAUGGAUUGAAUGAAGCUCCCUCUGAUCAAAUGUUGAGAACUUUGUGCCAUGGCUUGCUGUUUUUGUCGCUUAUGCUCUCCGCAUCUGCCAUUGAGGUUGGAUAUGCCCGCUGCAACUGCUAUUUUGACAGUUAUUUUAGCGCCGAAGGUAUUCUUCAGUGCCAGAAAGUAAGUGAUUUCUUAAUUGCUGCCGCCUACUUCUCAAUACCUCUUGAGCUACUAUAUUUCGCCACUUGCUCGGAUCUAUUUCCCUUCAAAUGGAUCGUCCUCCAGUUCGGAGCCUUCAUUGUCCUUUGUGGACUCACCCACUUGCUCAACGUGUUUACUUACGAGCCCCACUCUUUUCUCUUAAUGUUGAGCCUCACCAUAUCUAAGCUCUUCACCGCUCUGGUCUCCUUUGCUACUGCCAUUACUCUCUUAACUUUGUUCCCUCAGCUUUUGAGAUUGAAAGUGAGGGAAAAUUUUCUGCGAAUUAAAGCCCAGGAACUGGACAGGGAGGUUGGAAUGAUGAAGAGACAGGAGGAAGCAAGUUGGUAUGUAAGGAUGCUGACCCAAGAGAUUCGUAAAUCCCUCGAUCGGCAUACUAUACUCUACACAACUCUGGUGGAGCUUUCCAAAACCUUGGGGCUCCAGAAUUGUGCCAUAUGGAUGCCGGAUGAUGCUAAGAAGGUGAUGAACUUGACCCAUGAGUCAAGACAGAGGCACUCAAUGGAGUUGUUUGAGCAUUCCAUUCCCAUUACUGAUCAGGAUAUAUUUGAGGUUAAUGAAUCAAAGGGUGUGAGAAUACUCAGGCCUGAUUCCUUACUUGCUUUGGCAAGCAGCGGGGGAGAUGCUGAACCAGGACCUAUUGCUGCAAUUAGGAUGCCAAUGUUGAAGGUGUCCAAUUUUAAAGGCGGGACGCCCGAGUCAGUUGAAGCUUCUUAUGCCAUUUUGGUCCUCGUUCUCCCUGGCGAUGAUAGCAGGAUUUGGGGUGUUCAUGAACAAGAAAUUAUCGAAGUUGUUGCCGAUCAAGUAGCCGUUGCUCUCUCUCAUGCAGCUUUGUUGGAAGAGUCACAAUUAAUGAGGGAUAAGCUGGCAGAACAGAAUAGAGCUUUACUACAGGAGAAGCAGAACGCCUUUAUGGCAAGUGAAGCAAGACACUCCUUCCAAAGGGUCAUGAGCCAGGGAAUUAGAAGGCCGGUUAACUACAUUUUGGGUCUACUAUCUAUGUUGCAACAAGAAGAUUUGAGUCCUGAGCAAAGGCUUAUCAUCAACACUAUUACGAAAACUAGUCGUGUUGUUUCAAACCUCAUAGCUGAUGCAAUGGAGAUAGCUAAUAUUAAUAAUGAGAGUUUAACCUUGGAGAUGAGGUGGUUUUACUUGCAUUCUCUGAUUAAGGAGGCUGCUAGUGCUGCGAGAUGCAUUUGUAAUCGCAGAGGAUUUGGUUUUGGAUUCCAGGUUGAUAAAGCUGUGCCUGAUAAAGUUGUCGGUGAUGAGAAGCGAAUCUUUCAUGUUAUUCUCCAUCUCAUCGAUAGGUUGUUAAGUGGUUAUUCUGAGGGAUUUGUUAGUUUUCAAGUUCAUCCCUAUUGUGAAACCCAGGAUAGCGAAGAAAGGCAAUGGAUCACGUGGAAACCAAACUGUCCUGGUGCUUCUGUGAAGUUUGAGAUUGGAAUGGGAACACGGGAAUCUAGUGAUUCGAGUUCAUCAAAUGAACGUGUUGGGAGACUCAAUGCGGAGGGUUAUGACAUGGGCCUUAGCUUCAAUAUGUGCAAAAAACUUGUGCAGAUGAUGCAUGGUGAUAUCCUCAUUGUUCCUAAUUCCAAAGGUCUCCCUAAAAAAAUAGAACUAAUCCUUCAUUUUCAACUUCAACCCCCCACUCCUUUUUCAGAAAACCCCCUACCUCACUACCCCAACCCCUCCACACCAAACUUCAAAAAUCUCAGAGUUCUACUCGCCGACGACGAUGGUCUCAGUCGAGCGGUUACAAGAAAACUGCUCGAGAAACUUGGUUGCGAGGUUGUUUCUGUUUCGUCCGGGAUCCAAUGCCUCAGUGCUUUCAGUGCCUCGCCUAACACUUACCAGCUUGUAAUUGUGGAGCUUCAAAUGCCCCAAAUGGAUGGAUUUGAGGUGGCUUUGAGGAUUAGGAAGCUGAGGAGUAGGUGUCGGCCAGCCAUCGUCGCUCUGACAGCGAGUGCCGAGGAGCCGGAUUGGCAGCGGUGCUUGCGUUCAGGUAUGAAUGGUUUGAUCAGGAAACCAGUCAUGUUACAGGCCAUAGGUGAUGAGCUCUAUAGAGUCCUACACAAUAAGUAGAAUUUGAUGAUAAGAUAAUCAUGAGCCAUAAUGAUGUUUUUUGUGAUGGCUAUUACUGAUGUGCGUGCAUACGAAGUCUGACCAAGGGAUUUGAUCAUUUUGGGGAAAAAUUUGUAUCAGGAUAUGCUGAUGUAAUUUUGUAUCUGGAUGAUAAAUUGUAAUGUUCAUGGUUAUAAGAGAAAAUGCUUAAAAGGUAGAAGAUAUUUAAAUAGAAAUAAAAGGUAAUA